UUGUGCACUUGUACUGCCUGUGUGUGUGCCGCGGCCUCCACCACGCUUCUCUUGGCCUCCCCACCACCACCACCACCAUCGAACGUCAGGAAGGUUGAAAUCAAGAACAAUAGUGAGGCAGGUUGUUGUGCUGACGUAGUGUACAUUUGGUCAGGUCUAUACAUCAGCCGCUGGUGCAAACUCCCCAGAAAUGGUGCUGCAAACUUCCAAGGAUACUUAUAACCUAGUCCAAGAACAGAAUCUGAUUACAACAUAACCAUACAAUUGGACCUCAAGACCAAAGUACUGCAUAUGAAUCUGUUCACACAGUCAAGCUGGCAUCCAUCACGUGGCUGCAUCUUUACCACCUGCUCCUUCCUCUCCCGGUAGACUACUAACUCGUGACACGGAAGGUCAUCUGCAGCAGCAUGUCCACGGUUAAGUUUGCAGCUCCCUCACCCUACAGUCAGGGGAAGCAGACUGCUCACAUCACUGACUUUAAGCACCACGGGUACGUGGUGGGUGCUGGCCUCGACACUGUCAAGAACAGGUACACUGUGACUGUACCAGAGGACCUCAAAGUUAUCAAUGUGGCACUGUUUGCUUUAGGCCGAGCAGGUUCUAUUCACCUGACAAACCUUAUGAGAAACUCUCGUUUUUACCUUAAGUACGUUGUGGAAGCCGACCGCAGGAAGCUACUCCGUGUGCAGGCUGAGUGGAGACUGCCUAACACCGCUCUUCUUUCACCUGAUGAAGCAGAAAAAGUUUUUCAAGAUCCAAGUGUCCAUGGCAUCAUUAUUGCCACACCAACCUUCUUGCACAAGGAUCUGGUUAUUCGAGGUCUGAGUACUGGAAAAGCCAUCUUCUGUGAAAAGCCCAUUGCUGAAGACACUGAAGGAAUCAAACAUUGCUAUGAGAUGGCUCAUAAAGUAGGGAAGCCCAUCCUAUGUGGAUUUAACCGUCGAUUUGACCCCAGCUUCUGCUAUCUGAGGGAUCAAGUACAAGCGGGCACAGUUGGGCAGGUGCACAUGAUCAAAACUGUUGCCAGAGACUCUCCUCUACCCUCUGUAGAAUAUCUUAAAAUAUCAGGUGGAAUCUUUCAUGACUGUGCUGUCCAUGACGUUGAUUUAAUAUGCUGGGUGAUUGGCGAGUAUCCAACCCACGUGUUUGCCUCAGCCACGGCUUUUAUCCCAGAGGUGGCCAAGAUGAAUGAUUAUGAUACUGUUGCCUUCACCAUGAAGUUCCCUUCAGGAGCCAUCUCGAUGACAGACCUGAGCCGCUUUGCUGCCUACGGAUACGAUCAACGGCUGGAGGUGUUUGGACCCAAGGGAAUGGUGGCAUCAGGUAAUGAACGACCCUACCUCAUGACGACCUCCACUGCACAAGGAGAGAGCCAGCCACCUCUCCUCUACUCCUUCCCAUCACGUUACUAUGAUGGGUACAUUAAUGAGCUCAAUCAUUUCUGUGAUGUCAUCCAAGGACUAGAUGAUCUUCAGCUACCAGGAGAGAAUACGCUGAAAGUGUCCACCAUUACUACUGCCCUUGAGAAAUCGGCUGCUACAGGACAAAUGAUUGAAGUUAAAUAUUGAUGCUCUCUAUCCAGCUUCUGAGAAGAUUUAAGAGGAUUUCUGACUUAAUGACUAUAAUCUGUCUAUUGUGAAGUUUAACAUGCAUUUUCAGUGGGGUGAAAAGCAUCAUGCAAGCAUCAUGCCAAUGAAUGAUUUAGGGACCCAGGCCAAAUUUCUUGCCACAAGAAACAAAACUGCAUACAAUGAAGUUUAUUUCAAGUAGCAAUAAGUCAAUUUACUGAUCCUUUCAUACUGUGAAUAAUACAGAAUAAUUUAUAUAGGCUUCCCAUAUUUAACAUACAUUAAUUUUUCCCAUUACUGUCAGUAAUGCUUUAGUAUUAACGAAUAUAUCCUUACCAUCUGUAAUAAAUAUCAGACAAUAUACAGUAUUGUACUUGAAACAAAUAUUAUACACUACACAUUAAUUAGGAAAUUUUGUAACCAUUUCUUGGCAUGAUAGAAUAACCAUCUGUUCACAUGUUACAAAGACUGUUCACAGCACGAUAUCUCAGUUUUUUAUCUUUUAAAGUUACAAUUCAGUCUCUUGUCAACUAACCCAGGAAUCAUAUAGCACACUGUUUAAACUCAUCUGUCACAUAAUGGGAAACACUAUUAUGAAAAUUGGUUAAAUGCAUUCCCAGAGAAGAUAUUUUGUCUAUGAAUUUAGGUUUCUUAUGAAAAAAUGGUUACACAAUUUCUUGUAUACAUUACCCCCUCUCCCUCUGCUCAUCCCAUCAAAGUUGCAAAUAUUUGUAUGAGUAAAAUCACUAAUCCUAAAUACAAAAAUGUUCUCUUCUGCCUACACGCACAAUCCCCUCUUAUCUUGCACAAGUACAGGAUCUUUCGGGUGGUUGGUUGACCAAACACACAGUGGUAUCACUCCCAAAUGUGCAUUAGGAUAAAAAUAUGCAUUAUACUGUUUCCAGUAUUUAUUAUACUACAAUUUGAUUUACUAUGUACAAUACUGCAUCUGCUGUUUAUGUAUCUUUUAGGAAACACAAUGAACCAGGCUAUAAUCUUUCAUAAUGUGGGUUGGCAUGUAUAUUUGACAAUAAAAAGUUUCCUAAAAUACA